UGCGGGCGCCGGCGGCGGCACCUGCGGCUGCUCUUGGCGGCGGAAGCGCGGGCCCCGGCAGUCUCGGCAGCCACAGCCGCUGCGGCCCGGACAGCCUCCGCCGCGGUCGCCGCUUCUGAUGCGCCUGCCCGCUCCCGGCCCCGCGGCUCCGGGAGGAUGUGGGUCCUCGGCAUCGCGGCAACUUUUUGCGGACUGUUCUUGCUUCAAGGCUUUGCUUUGCAAAUCCAGUGCUACCAGUGUGAGGAAUUCCAACUGAAUAACGACUGCUCCUCCCCCGAGUUCAUCGUGAAUUGCACGGUGAACGUUCAGGACAUGUGUCAGAAAGAAGUGAUGGAGCAAAGCGCAGGGAUUCUGUACCGCAAGUCGUGCGCGUCGUCGGCGGCCUGCCUCAUCGCCUCGGCCGGGUACCAAUCCUUCUGCUCCCCGGGGAGACUGAACUCCGUGUGCAUCAGCUGCUGCAACACCCCUCUGUGCAAUGGGCCCCGGCCCAAGAAAAGGAGCAGUUCUGCCCCAGCCCUUCAGCCGGGACUCCCCAGCACCAUCCUGCUCCUCAAAUUAGGCCUUUUCUUGGCGCGCUGCUGAAGCUGAAGGAGAUACCAGCCCCUCCUGCAUUGUUCUUCUGGCUCGCCUUCCCCCCCCAGCCCCCCUGAGAUUUUUUUUCUGGGUGUCCUUUUAUUCCGGGUCGCGAGGGGAACUCGUGCUCUCUUUCUUUCAGUUCCUUUGCAAAUAAUGAAAGAGCUCAGUGUCAAAACGAAACUUUGUGAGCUCUGGAUACGUUCAGUUUGACUGAAUUUUCCACGUGUCCUUAAUGGAAGGGAGGAGGAGGAAUGGAUACACGUGGGCCAGAGUUGAGGCCAGGUUGGCAGCAGCAUUAGCCCUUACGUAAGUAAGUAAGUAAGUGACACUUUUAAGUGGCCAUCUGUUUUUUUCCCAGGCCCCUGUCUGUCUUCCACUCCUGUCCCUGAUGAUGGGGGCACAGUCUGUUGUCACUGCUGCAUGAAGGUAACCGUCGCUUCCGUGUGGGGAGGGCCCGUUGGCGCUCCAGCUUUCCUUCCUUCCUUGACUGACACAGUCACACUUCAUGCUCCUGGAAACCAUUUUCGGUGGCAGGGUUGGCAGGUGUCACCUCUGAGUUGGGAUCCGGUGACUCACGACUCACCUGCUGAGGCUUAGAGUCGGGCUUGGCCUCGCUCUGAAGAGUGCUUAAGAAAACCUUGUCAGUUCUCCUUGCAGAGGCAUUGGGCCGGGAAGCCAGGAAGAUGAGGGGGCGGCGCGCUAAGCGGGUGCUAUCCACGGUGGAGGCCACGUGGGCGCGCAGCCGCUUCUCCUGGUUGGCGUGCGGCAGCGUCAGCCGGCAGCGCAGCACCUGCCCGAACACGCUGCGGAACUGCUGCGAGGACACGUUGUACAGCAGCGGGUUGACGACCGAGCUCAGGUAGAAGAAGGUGUCCGAGAAGGGGAGCAGGAUCAUGUACGCCUGGAAGUAGGACUUGGUCCAGUCGUGCUUGGGUUUGGCCGCAGCCAUGAUCCUCCGAACCUGGUUAGGCAUCCAGCAGACGGCCAACGUCACAACGAUCAGCCCUGAGCAGGCAGGAGAGGGGAGAGAGAGAGAAAAAAAAAAGUCAUAAGCCCAACAACAAAAAGAUACCCAUAAAAUAUUGAGCCCCUCCGUUCUGUGCUUACUGGCCAGGAAAUGGUACCAAAUUUUCAAGCUGGGCUUGCUUGCUUGAUGGCUUUUUUUGCCACUAGCAAAAAAAGAAUUUAACACUGUUUCAAGGCCAGGGGCGUUGACUGUGUUAAAGACCAUUAAAUGCUUUAGACAAUUUAUUUAUA